AGAAAAAAAGUAGCAAUAAUUCUAAUAAUGAGGCAACAAAGAUAUUUAUCUGUUUUAUUCAUCAUCAUCUUCUUCUCCGCUACACUUAUUAAAGCUCAAGAAGUUGAGGAUGAGAGGGAGUUUGAUUAUGGUGAAAAAAGUGAAAAAGGUCCAAAAAUGUGGGGGAAAUUGAAGAAAGAAUGGGAAGCUUGUAAUAAUGGAGAAAUGCAAUCUCCAAUUGAUAUGUCACAUGAAAGAGUUAGAAUUAUUCAAAAGCCAGAUAAAAGACAUUACAAGCUAUGCAAUGCUACUGUUAAGAAUAGAGGACAUGACAUUUCGUUACAAUGGCAUGGUGAUGCUGGAUCUGUUUUAAUAAAUGGCACAAAUUAUCCACUACAACAAGCUCAUUGGCACUCUCCUUCCGAACACACCGUCAACGGCAGAAGGUAUGACAUGGAAAUGCACAUGGUACACUUCAAUGAAAAUGCAACAAAUAAAAUUGUUGUGAUUGGAGUUCUCUACAAAAUUGGUAAACCUGAUCGAUUUCUCUCCAAGUUGAUAAGAAAUAUAUCAUCUAUGAUUGACAAAAAAGAUGAAGUGAAAAAUGCUGGUAUGAUUGAUCCAAGAGAAAUCAAGAUUGGUAGUAGAAAAUAUUAUAGAUAUAUGGGUUCACUUACUGUUCCUCCUUGCACCGAAGGAGUCAUUUGGACAAUUAAAAAAAAGGUGAGGACUGUUUCAAGAGCUCAAGUCAAAAUGCUUAGAGAAGCUGUUCAUGAUUAUGCUGAAAGGAAUGGAAGGCCAUUGCAACCAAAACACAAGAGACCAAUUUAUCUUAUGGCACCAGAUGAUACUGCUUGAGAUUAUUCUAUUCAUAAUAUUUGUAACAAAGAUUAGGAUACUGCUUGAGACCGUUAUUCUAUUCAUAAUAUUUUGUAACAAAAGAUUUUUGUUUUCUUGAUUGUUGUUAUUCUUUUAAUCAGCAAAGUGCUUGUUGUGUGAAAAAAAAAAAGGCAAGAAAAAUGCAUAAUAUAUAGA